AUGCCAUUUGGACUUGUCUCAGCCCAGGAUGAAUUUCAGCGUAAGAUAGAUGAAACAUUUGGAGACCUCACAGGAACAGUUGCAAUAGUUGAUGAUAUCCUGGUUCAUGGAAGGACCAGGAAGGAACAUGAUGCCAAUCUACAAGCUGUACUAAGUCGUUGUCGACAAAAGAACGUCCGCCUCAACCCUGACAAGUUAUCCAUUGGUGUCACUGAGGUCAGUUACUUUGGUCAUCUCAUCACAGCAGAGGGCACAAAACCAGACCCCACAAAGUCGAAGCCAUCAAGCAAAUGUCAGCCUCCCAAAGAUAAACAAGAGUUGGACACAAUGCUUGGCAUGAUCACCUACCUCGCCAAGUUCGCGACCUUCCCUUUCAGAAGUCACCAGCCCAAUGAGGGAACUGUUGAAGCAGGACACAAGAAACCAGUGGCAUAUGCUUCAAAGGCUUUGACCCCUAGCGAGCAGAACUAUGCUCAAAUUGAGAAGGAACUUUAUGCAAUCCUGUUUGGUUGCAAGCGGUAUCAUCAGUGCAUCUAUGGCCACACCGUGACCGUUGAGUCAGAUCACAAGCCGCUUGAAAGUAUCAUGAAGAAACCUUUGACGGCAGCACCUGCACGCCUCCAGCGUAUGCUACUGCAAUUACAGAAGUAUGAUCUACGUAUCGUCCAUGUUGCAGGAAAAGACAUACCAGUUGCUGACACGCUCUCGCGCAAGUUUCUGACUACAAAAGACGAUGGGAUGUCAGAAGAAAUGGAAGCGCAAGUUCAUAUGGUACUCAUGAAAUCUCCUGUGAGUGACCACAAGAUGUCACAACUACGAGACGCCAUUAACAAUGAUGUUCAGAUGAAACAACUGAGGACAACCAUCCUCAAUGGUUGGCCAGAUUCCAGAAGCGAAUGUCCAGAAAGCAUCAUCGAAUACUGGAAUCAUCGGGACCAACUUACCGCCAUGGAUGGUCUCAUAUUCAAAGGGAAAAAUCAUCAUUCCCAAAGGCCAGAGAUCCGAGCUCCUCCAGAAGAUCCACUCCAGUCACUUCGAAUGGAGAAGUGCAAAGAACGAGCCCGUGACAUUCUAUUCUGGCCCGGCAUGAACGCAGAGAUUGAAGCUGCAGUUGCCAAUUGUACAGUAUGCUUGAUCCGCAAGUUAUCCGUCAACUUUGCACGUCAUGGGAUCCCUGAAAUCCUGAUGAGUGACAACGGUCCACAAUUUGCAUCAGCUGAAUUUGCAGACUUCGCCAGCAGAUGGGACUUCAAACAUAUUACAUCAAGCCCCAGAUAUCCUCAGUCCAAUGGACUAGCUGAAAAGUGUGUGCAAAUAUCGAAGAACAUUCUGGACAAAACAUACAAGGAUGGCAUUGAUCCACUCCUUGCACUGCUAGAAUAUCGGACAACACCAGUUGACAACUUGGCUUCGCGCGCAACUUCUGAUGAGCCGACGUCUGCGACCGCUGACAAAACCUGGAAGCCAGCCCAGAUCACCAGAGUAGAUCCAAAUCGCUCAUACCAAGUGCAGACAGCAGAUGGUGCCCAAUAUCAACGCAACAGGCGCCACCUAAAACACACACCAAUGAGAAACCCCAGCAGCAAUACCGAUGAUACACCAACGGACUUGACAUCAGUGCCACUCCAGAAGGUGACAGCAUCAACAUCGUCCAAACCAACACCGUCCAAACCAAUGACUGUUACCAGAUCUGGAAGAGUCGUAAGAGCUCCUCAAAAGUUGAACCUAUAG